UAACAGUGCACUUGUGUUAAUUAACACAAUUUUUGCAUGGUAUGACGUAUUCAUUCAGAUGUAAACAAAUCCGUCACGAAAAAAGCAGUGGUGAAGUAACUAUAGCUAGCUAUCCACGCCGGAAAGUAAUGGGAAUAAAUUUAGCCUUUUCUGGUGCUGGUUUUCUUGGAAUUUACCAUGUUGGAACAGUUUCGUGCCUUAAAUUCUAUGGUAAAAAGUUGUUAGACAAGGUCGAUCUUUAUGGAGGUUCUUCAGCUGGUGCAUUGGCAGCAUGUAUGUUGCUUUGUGACAUGAAUCUAGAAGAAAGUGUACAAUUUGUCAUGAAUACUGCACACAAAGUACACCAUAACUUUCUGGGUCCAAUUAGCCCUUCCUUUGACCCAUCAGCAUCAAUAAGAAAAACAUUUAUGAAAUAUUUACCAGAAAAUGCUUAUAAGAUUGCAUCUGGUAAAUUGCAUGUGUCCUUGACCAGAGUUUCAGACUGGAAAAAUGAGAUUGUCUCAGAAUUUGCUAGUAAUAAAGAGCUGGUUGAUGCUGUGGUGUGCUCCUCGUUUAUACCAUUUUUUUCUGGAAUGACUCCCCCCAAAUACAAAGGCGUACAUUACAUUGAUGGAGGGUUCACUGAUAAUCUACCACAACACUUUGAAGGAACAACAAUAACAGUUUCUCCUUUCAGUGGUGAAAGUGAUAUAUGCCCUGAUGAUGGCCACAAGACCAAUGCGCAAUUUGAUAUGAGAAACACAAGUGUUCAAGUGACAGCACAUAAUGUAUAUAGAAUGGCAAAAGCAUUAUUUCCUCCUAACAGUGAUGUUCUUGCACAAAUGUGUCGACAAGGUUUUAGGGACACGUUGAAAUACCUCCAUAUUCAUUAUCCUGAAUUAUUAAAUGUUGAUUUUACUAUAAUCAGUAUACCACGCUGCUGCGAUCUGGCAUCCAGUGGCUAUGGUACAGAUGAUGAUGAUACCAGUACAUGCUCAUGUGGAGACAACUCACAUGCCUCUAUGUUAAGUGAUUUAGAACAUUAUAUUGCAACUAAAAGUACUAUGCACAGUUUAGUAUUUCCUGAACAAAUGAAUACAAUUCUUCAGGAAGCAAAGUUAAUUCUUAUCCAAGAAGGUGAUUUAUGUUGGUACCUGGUUUGUACGUUAUUCAAGAUUGCAAAAUGGUUAAUAUCACCAUGUUACUAUAUAUUCAAACACAUACAGCUGUUUGCAGAUGAAAUAUUUCAUGAGUUAUUGCCCAAAGUAAAAGAACUAAGUUGUUACAGCCGUUACACUGAGAGGUUGUUAAAAAUUGCUUUGGAAAUCUUUGAUGCAUAUAAAGGAACCGCUACCUGUGAAUGGCAUCCAAGCUUAAAAAAAGAAAGACAUUCAGAUAUACAAAGAAGAAAUGAAAGAUUUAUAUCUGCGAAAAAAUCCAUGGUUGCUUUUCCGAAAUCUAACUUAUCUGUGGCAUUGGACCUACGCAGCCGUGAAGGACAUGAAGCCCCUCCUCCUUCGAGAAUCUCCUCCACGGUUCAAAUAAAUGAAGUUGAGUUACCUCUUGAUAUGGAUAUGUUUUCACAUCAUGCUGAUUUCCUGUCGAGUGACAAUAAUGCAGAAAAAGAUGCACGUGAUGAUGAUGGACUUGUAAUGAGAAUUGACAAAGAAGAAAUAGUAAUGAGUACAUGUAAACAACACACGGAAAAUGAUGACUAUGGUAGUGAGUUGAUGUUAGAUUUACCAGUAUACGAUAUGGAAUGUUGUCAGACACAAUUCUUACGGGAACAUCAAAAGCGGAAGUCGUGGGAGGAGUUCUUGAUAUUAUAAAGUUUCAAAUAUGGGUGUGAAAGUAAGGUUUGUACGGUUUACUCUACGUUUUUUAUAUUUAAUAGCGUUUAUUUAUAUUUCGUUGUAUAUUACACGCUAUUUCGUUACCUAAUAUUUGUUGGACAAACAUAACAUUUGUACUCCAGAGAGAGAAUUCAAGAUUUCAAGCAAUUAUGUUCGUAAUAAUACUUUUUAGAUAGUCAUUAUUAUAUCUAAAAGUGAUUUUUAUAUCUUAUUGUUGUUAUUGUUGUCAUGUUUAUUUAUGCAAAUGAUCCGAUAUAUUAUUAUGUAUUAUAUUAACUUUGAAAGUUUACACAGGUUUAGUAGUCUUUGACUAUACACAUGACCUAAAUUAUAAAUUUAUAUAUUAUAAAUAUUUUACGUUAUAUGUUACUGUUUGCAUUUUCUCACAAGUACUUUAUAUCAAGUACUUUAUAUUCAAAUAAUGUUGAGGGCUGAAAUUUUUGCGACGA